AUGCCUCUAGUGAACUUUCACCUGAACCACAGUUUUGCGGAGGCGAGCGUCCUCACGGGCACCGGUCCGGCCGCCUCCACCAGCUCAAAUACGCUCUUUCUGGUGCUCGUCUCCGUCACACUAGUUGGCCUCAUUCUUACGACCAUCAUCGGAAAUGUAUUUGUCAUCUCUGCCAUCAUCCUCGAGCGAGCCCUUCGCACAGUGGGCAACUACCUGGUGCUGUCGCUGGCCGUCACCGACCUGCUGGUCGCCUGUCUGGUCAUGCCCAUUGGGGCGCUCUACGAGGUCACGCAGGAGUGGAACCUGGGCACCAGACUCUGCGAGAUGUGGACCUUUGUGGAUGUGCUCUGCUGUACAGCUAGCAUUUUUCACCUGCUGGCCAUCGCCUGUGACCGCUUUUGGGCGGUGACCACGGUGGACUACAUUCACCGGCGCAAGGCGAAACACGUCUGUCUGGGCAUUCUCCUCAUCUGGCUCUUCUCUGGGGUUAUCUCGCUGGGCCCGAUGCUCGGGUGGAAGGACGCCGACUUUGAGGAGCGCAUCAUCCACCAGAAGCUGUGUCUCGUCUCGCAGGCCAUGUCCUACCAGGUGUUUGCCACCGUCUUCUCCUUCUACGCACCCAGUGCUCUCCUCUGUUUUCUCUACUAUCGCAUAUUUAAAGUGGCCCAGUCGAGACUGCUGCUGAAGAAGCAGCGCUACAAGUACCGCAUUCGUCGACGGCCCAGCUUUUACCGCCCUCGAAAAUCUAUGGAAUCGGAGAUCAUCUGUCGACAGGAGCUGCCUUCUGAGGAAGAUGAGGAAGAGGAGGAAGAGGAAGAAACGGGAAAAGUGCCAACUGCAGUGAUUGCUCCAAAUGAAAGUAGAAGCCGUAAAUCAUCCUCAACAACUGCUCCUGCUGAGACUCAAGCGGAAAAAAUGAUCAACUGCCCCUCCUUAUCGCCAUCACCCUCAGCGAACGGCGUCACUGUGAAUGGAAAGAGUGGCGCCCAAGUGGUGGUCAGCCUGAGUCCGGUCAAAAGCACCACAACAGCAUCACCUCCCUCACUGGUAAUCACUACUGCAACUCCAAACACCUUCAAUCACCGACGAACCUCAUCCACUCGAAGAUCAGUGAAGCAUCACUCUCCCAGUGGUCAACGAGGUGUAAGCAAAACUGCUGAUAGCAAUAAAAGCAUGAAGAAGAAGAAGAAGCUGCAGUUUAGAAGUAAAAUCACCCGAUAUGACAGUAAUGAAAGCAAACAGGAAAGCAAGGCCGCUAAAACGCUCACUAUCAUCACAGGCAUUUUUCUCAUCUGUUGGCUGCCUUUCUUCACCUGCGUCCUUUACAUGUCUUUUUGCAAAGAUUGCGUCAUCAACAAGUACGUUUUUGACUUUCUCCUCUGGUUGGGCUGGAGUAACAGUGCAUUCAAUCCUCUGCUCUACACAAUCUUUAGUCCGGAUUUUAAGAAUGCAUUUAAACGUCUCUAUUCAAAGCUUUUCGGACAAAAGAAGAAGCUGAAACGCCGUACGACAAAGUAA